AUGCAAUUCUCUACCUUUGCUAUUCUUUUUGGCGCCGCUGCUACGGCAUCCGCCACUGCCCUCAACUCCAACGUAUUCUCUCGUCAGAGCGGUCUUCCUAACUGCGCUGUACCUUGUGCACUGAACGCCGACUAUGACGGAUGCUCCCCCACUGACAACCAUUGUCUCUGCACGAGCAGCAAGUUUGUCGACAGCACAACUACAUGUGUCAUGUCGUCUUGCACAGGCCAGGAUCUACAGGAUGCCCUCAGCUUUUCUCAAGGCGUCUGCCUCAAAGUGGGAGUCACCUUGACUUCGAGUGCAGCCUCGAGUACCAGCGCUACCAGCUCCUCUACCGCAUCCUCAUCGUCCGCGACUUCCACCUCGCCCACUACCUCAGGAUCGAGUCCCAACAGCUCUCCUUCCACCAACACCUCCGGUGCCUCCCAUAUCCACGGCGCAAACGCCUUUGUCGGUCUCGUUGCCGCCGGCCUUGUCGCCCUCGCUCUUUAG